CUAAAACAUAGAUAGAGGGUUCAUCAAGUUCCACAUUAAGAAGAACGUUUCACAAACAUACCCAAAAUAUUCACAUUCUUCCCUGCCAAGCCCAUGAAACAUAUAUCAUAGGAUCCAUGUCUUGUAAAUCAAAUCAGUUCAUCCAUUGUCUUUACUCCUCUAGUUGAAUCAAGUAAUUGACCAAUUUUGUACUUCAAUUCUUCAGGUUUGCUUUCUUAGCGUUAUCUUUAAGGUAGCUGUUCCUUGUUUGAUCCUAACACACUGUCAUCUUCAAAAGAACUUUUACUGAGGUCCAUACUUCUUCAAGGAAACUCAAAGGUCCUCAAUUAUAUGAUAUGCAUCCUGAACAGCAGUACUGCAACACAAGUAUGAGAUGGAAAUCCGCUUACAGAUAUUGAAUUUGCAAGGGAAUAAAUGGAAGAAAGAAAACUGAACAACUGGAAUAAAUAGUUGAAAUAAGAUUGUUCAAGUAAUAACAGUGUUUCCAAAUUAAUCUUUAUUACUGAUGAAGUAGUUGAAGUGAGCAAAGUAGUUGAAGUGAGCAGAAGGAAAACGUGGUAAAAAUACGUGUGGUGAUAAGAGAUGAGUUGAAGCCUAUAACAGUGACACGUGGCAGAUAAGGUUGUACGUGAUUUCACUUCAUUUCAUUGGUUUAUGUAUCAGAGAAGAAGAAGAAGAAGAAAAAGAAGGAGAAGAAGCAGCAACAGCAAGAGGAGAAUGGCAGCUCUGUGUGGCCCUGCAUUGAACAGCUCCUUCCUGAGGAAGCAAGCAGUGAACAUGUCAAGCAUGAAGGCAUUCGAAAACGCCAACGCCGUGUUUGGUGUGAAAGAAGGACGAGGUGGUCGUGUGACUGCCAUGGCCACUUACAAGGUGAAGCUGAUAACCCCAGAGGGAGAAAAGCAGAUCAAAUGCUCAGAUAGUGAAUACAUUCUUGAUGCUGCAGAAGAACAAGGCCUUGACCUUCCCUACUCAUGCAGGGCUGGUGCCUGUUCUUCUUGUGCUGGAAAAAUUGUGUCUGGCAAAGUGGACCAGACAGACAAUAGCUUCCUUGAUGACGACCAAGUUGAUGCAGGAUUUGUUCUCACCUGUAUUGCUUACCCGACCUCUGACGUUGUCAUCCGCACCAACGUGGAGGACGAACUCAAUGAUUUUUAAAUCUUGUUUUCUUUCAAAUCUCAUGUACUGUUGAAUAAGGUGAAUCUUGUUGCUUUCCUUUCUGCUUCAGUUAUGAACUCUCAUGUUAUUGCUUUC